AUGAAUGCCGGUUCCAGUAAUAUUGAACUAGAUACUCUGGACGUGAGCUCUGAAAGAAUAGAGACGGUGGUCCAACCGUUGCCUGUGGCACUUAAGGGGAAGGAUGGUUUGGAAGGCAUAUCAGAGAUCCAAGUCUCUUACAGAGGUCCAGCUCCAGAAAUACCUGAGGAAAGAAGAGAAAGCGAUAAUUUAGAUGAAGAAGAUGAGGAAUUCCCAGAUGGAGGAUUGAAGGCCUGGUUGGUGGUUGGGGGAUCGUUUUUUGGCCUUGUGGCUGACUUUGGCCUGAUUAAUUCCAUGGGUGCAAUUCAAGCCUAUGUUUCCGCGCACCAGCUUUCCAAUGUUUCCAGCUCAACUUCGGCCUGGAUCUUCUCAAUUUUCACGUUCUUCUCAUACGUUGGUGGAAUUUUUUCGGGCAUUCUAUUUGACGAGAUUGGAGCAAAAGUUCCACUGAUAGCUGGGUCGACCCUCUUCUUCGUGGGGCUUUUCUGCACGGCAAAUUGCACCUCGGUCUAUCAGUUUGUUCUUGCUUUUGGUGUGGUUGCUGGACUUGGAGCAGCCCUCUGUAUGGCUCCUUUGGUGGGUGUCAUAUCUCAUUGGUUCAAAAGAAAGAGAGCCACUGCCGUUGGUAUGGCUACCCUUGGAGGCUCCAUUGGAGGCAUCAUCUUCCCCAUCUUGCUCAAUUCCUUGUACACAUCUCUGGGAUUUGUCUGGGCGAUCCGCAUACUAUCGUUUGUGAUUCUUGCAUGUCUUUCUCUGUCGAUUUUGCUAGUGAAAGAACGUCUUUCUGAACGUCGCCAUAUGUCGCCUACAUCUACGUCUCUUCGGGAGAUUUCGUUCAAACAGGUUCUGGCCACAAUCUCCACCUAUCUCAGAAACGCAGUUGACUUCAAGGCUUUGCAAGAUCGCAGGUAUGCUCUGUGUGUCGUGGGGGUCGCUUUCGGAGAGCUUUCGCUGAUCUGCGGACUGACGUAUUUUGCUUCAUAUGCUAUCAGGAUCGGUGCGAGUACGAGUGUGGCCAAUAUGAUGAUCGUGAUAGUGAAUGCGGUAGGUAUUGCGGGCCGUUAUGUUCCUGGACUACUUGCAGACAGAUACGGAGUAUUCAACGUGAUGUCUCUCAUGCUAAUUGGAGUCUUUCUGAGUGAUAUCGUUCUUUGGUAUGGCAUUGGACGCACGGUCAAUUCUCUUUAUGCCUACACAGUGUUUUACGGGUUCUUCUCAGGCUCCGUCCUGAGCAUAUCUCCCGUUUGCUGCAGUGCCAUAUCACCAACUAGAGACUUUGGAAAAAGAUAUGCCACCAUGUAUUUGCUGGCCGGUUUCAUCUUCCUGGUGGGAGUCCCAGUGGCUGGUGCCAUUAUUGGAGACGAGUCCAUUCAUAGGUACGAAUAUUUCAUCCUGUACACCUCCAUACUGGCCCUCAUUGGUGCAUCAGCCUUUGUAUGUGCGAGACUGGCGAUAUCAAGGACGCUCUGGAAAAAGGUUUAA